AUGAAUGUGCUAGGUGUCAUCUCGGUUUUUGUGGCGUUUAUAGCGCCAACUGUAGCUCACAGGUGCACCGAGUUCGUUCCUGUGGAUAUUUCUGUCGCGGAUAGCAGCGACUACAUCAGAAAUGAGUCGGGAUCCAGGUUCACAAUCGCCACCAAGAGUGGCAAGUGCAUCGGCGCCGUGUACAAUGCCGGCGUGGAGAUCUCGAAAAUUCCGGAUGCGGGCGCCACAAACAGGAGGGUUACCGUGCACCGCUUACUAGAAUCGGAAUAUGGACCGAAUAUCGUGGAGCCCUUCAUUGAAAAGGACGGUUUCGUGUACGUUGUGGAAGUUGAGACCAUCUUCCUCGGUAUUCCCAACAGACAGAGGCUUGUAAAAACCUCCAGUGGCGCGUACGAGGAUUACGCGGAAGAAUUUGAUGAUUUGGACAUAUGCUCGAAGAACUUCGACGGGUUCGUGCACGAAGCGUUGCGCACUGAUAACACUAUGGCUCGAUUCCUGCCCAAACCUGGAAGGCGCAUGGGAUCCAUCAGAUGCGGCGACAAAGUGCUGCUCGAGCAUGAUGACGAGAUCUUCUUCAGGUACGCGGAGUUCAACAACAACAAGUGGAAUGUAUUUACCACGCCGAACGUGGGAAACAGCUUCAAGACGUCUUUCCUGCCCGUCGCCUGGAAAGACUGCAUGUACCGCACCCUGGACAACGAUUCCUUGUACAUCGACCUGUCUAAAGACUACAGGACGGAGUAUUGCCAAAUCCUGUCGACCUGUGGCGAAAACUGCAUCUUCUUCGACGGUUGUAGUGACCCCGACUACAGGGUUGUGGACGUUCUCGACCAGAAGGGCGUCAUUUACAUGGGCAACAAGGCCCGUUGUGUGCAGAUGAAAAUGCAAGUCGUGGGGAGCACCCACUACCUCACCGUGUACGCCAGGCUCCUGAACGGGCUCUUCGAAGCCGAGCUCUACCGCUCGCCGGACGGGCGUAACUACACGCCUUACAAGCCGGAGGUCAUCAACUUGGAGCUGACGGCCACCAACAUAGAUGAGCGCAUCCAGGUCACUACGGACAGAAACGGCAAGGUGUACACGAUACCUGCGCCUAACAACCUCCUGUACACCAUCGGUGCUGUCACUUACAUGAACAAGACGCUCGUUGGAAAGAGCUUUUUGGAUGACCCUGACAACGUGCCCUAUGUCGUACUCUCAAGAAGGAUCACCGUCAUUGGCGAGUACACCACUGUCGAGACCCAAACUAACAAGGACCAACCCACCAAUGUCACCUACGUCACCAACAAGGAUGGCGUAUGGCUCCACAGGCCCAAGCCCGUGCAAUUCGAGCUCACGCAACUGAACGCUAACGACCCCAACUUCAGGGUAACGCGUUUGGAGAAGGGCAAGUUCCAUGUCACGGCCGCCCUGCCGAACAUGAAGAUAGGAUCCAUCAAGUACAAGAACAACAUCGUCGCGCCGAACCAAAGCAACGCGCUUUCGACAGAGUUCCUGUACGACUUCAACGAGCUGCUCGUCACCCAGCAGAUGAACGAAAGCGUCAGGUUCUACAGCAAGUACGUGCUCAAACAGGGUUUCCUCGGGGAUGAAACCAUGCUGUUCGUCGAAAGGCACAAGGAGCCGCGUUCGCUCAGCAUAAUGGACGUGUUUACUAACAUGUUGCCAGAUGUGUUCUGCAAGGACAGGCUCGGUAGGUUCGUCAAGCUCUACGUGUGCAAGGACCUCUACAACAUCACCAUGGGUGCCGUCACCUUCGGUGACACCACCCUUGUGCCCUACAACAGGUACUUCAAGAUGAGGGAGGUCUACGUCGCAGAAGAGUACUUCAUGUCCUACAUCGUGGUAAGGUCGUUCACCGAGGAGGGCGACAGCGUCGUGGAGGCCUUCCGCAGCAGGGUGGCGGAUGGUGAGAUCACCUUCGUGCGCAUGAGAAGCAAGCCUGUCGCGGUCGACUUGGCCCCCGAAGCGAAGGCUGCCGAACAGGUCGUUAGGGUCCAGGAUGGCAACAACAGUUACUACCGUAUCAGACCCGAGUUCGCCGUCAACUACAGGAUCGGAGACGUCAGGUACGACGGAAGGCUCCUCAUCCCGGACGGCGGUACCAAUCUCUGCAGGGUUCUGAACACCACCUCUGAGGUGGUGGACGGUAAAAUUACCGAAAUAUUGGUCCAUCUCGGUGACAUCAGCUCAGCCGGCAGGAAGGCGAAGCUGUUGACCGCCAACCUCGAGACCCGCUCUGUCACCGAGGUCCCGAAGAAGCCGCUCGAAAUCAACAUCAGCUUCAAGGGAACCAGGGACGACUUGGUGGAAAUCGCCGAGAACAACGACACCAUCUCGUACUAUGUGCCGUGGAUGCUGUCUGGAGGCCUCAAGCUGGACGCCGUCGUUUUCACCAACGGCCAAAACGAGGUCGACGUCCUGAUCAAGGACUUGGACCUGGACGACUUUCCGGAAGUCAGGCUCCACCACGCUUCCAACGCGGCAGAGGCGAUGGUCGCCAUCACACCCAAAAACAGCACACCGAUCUACGUCAACGUCAUGCCCUCGGAGUCCACCCCUGUCGUGAGCACAUUGAAUCGCCAAUACGACGAAUACUUCAAGUCAUACUACGGGGAGGUCUGA